AUUUAAAAUUCUUAAAUAAUAUUUCGAUUUGAUAUAUCGUUUUAUUUGUUUAAAACGUCAAACGUUAAAUAAUAUGCGGUAUAUUAAAUAAAUUUAUAGAAUUUUUACUCGAAAGGCAACUUGUAAAUAUUGAGAAAAAUAGAGGCGGUAAAUCCACUGCAUUUAUAUUUUCUGUUUGUUACUUAUCAUCAUGGAUAGUGAUUUCGAAAACAAGAUAAAAGAACUGAAAAGUAAAAUUAAAAGCUAUCCAGAUUUUCCUAAAGAAGGAAUUUUAUUCUGGGAUAUCUUUUCAGCCAUAUCAGAUGGUUCAACCUGCAAGUUACUGCAGAGUUUACUUGUACAAACUGUUAAACAGAACUUUCCGGAGGUACAAGCUGUGAUUGGUUUGGAGGCUAGAGGAUUCCUCUUCUCAUUCUCGAUUGCAGCAGAACUUGGUAUUGGCUGUUUACCUGUGAGGAAGAAGGGCAAGCUUCCCGGUGCAGUUGAAGCCUAUAAAUAUGAUUUAGAAUAUGGUUCGGAUGUAUUAGAGAUACAAAAGAAUGCAAUCCGUCCAGGACUAAAAUGCCUUAUUGUUGAUGAUUUGAUAGCAACAGGUGGUUCAGUAACUGCUACAGCGAAUCUAUUGAAGACAUGUGGUGCGGAGGUGAUUGGUUGUGUAGUCGUAAUGGAGCUUGUCACAUUAAAUGGACGGAAUAAUAUACCUGAUGGUAUACCUGUGUGUUCAUUGAUAAAAUAUGAUUAGUUAAAAGAUUAUGCUUUACAAAUUGAUGCUACAGAAUAAAAUUACAUUACAAUGGAGAUCUCAUAUAAUGGAAGUGGAUUUAACUCAUAAAAUGGAUACAAAGAUCCCAUCAGUCACUUUAUAAUGUAGAAUUCCCAUAUAACAUGUAUAUUCACCAGAAUGAGAUCUCCAUAUGACAUGUAACUAUUUGUUGGAAUAGGGUGACCAUGAAAAAUGUAACUUUAUUCAUCAGUGGAGUCAAAAUAAUAUUAGGCACUAUUACUAAGACAAUAAGUAGCAAACAUUGGCACCAAAUAGUUCACUGGUGCUGUUAUUUCUGUUUUGUAAGAGUUUUUUUUAUUAAUAACUAUAUAAACAAAACAGGACAGCCCAUGUGAAUUUAAAUCAUAGCCCCAAUAUCAAUAAGCUGAGAGUACAAAGUAAAAGAUUUAUUUUAUGCCUAUUCCAAAAACUAUAGACUAUUACUUUAAUUUUAAUAUCAUAAUUUUGACUUUUAAUAUUGUUUUCAAAAAUACUCAGUAAAUGUUUUUCAAAUUAGCAAUAAAAAUUAACGAAAAGGAAUACAACAUGUCAAUUUUAUUAAGAUAAUGAAAGAAAUGGUUUUGUAAUGUUUCUGCAGUGAAAACGCACGGUGAGAUGUAAAUUUGUCAAUUUCGAGAUUGAAAAAAUCCUGAACCAAUACAGUUUUAUAUUAAAUUAUGCUUAACGUUUGACAUAUCAGUAUAUUAUUAUUUUACAUUAU